GGAAGAGGCGGAGCUGCAGGGCGCAUGCGCAGUGUGUAGUUUUGGAGAAUUCAUGUGGAGGUCAGAGUGGAACCAGGUGUGAGUGGGCUAAGAAGCAAGAAUCAUUAGAAGAAGACAUGGCUGCCAAAGUGUUUGAGUCCAUUGGCAAGUUUGGCUUGGCCUUAGCGAUUGCUGGAGGAGUGGUGAACUCUGCCCUGUACAAUGUGGAUGCGGGGCACAGAGCUGUCAUCUUUGACCGGUUCCGUGGAGUCCAGGACAUUGUGGUUGGGGAAGGGACUCACUUUCUCAUCCCUUGGGUACAGAAGCCAAUUCUCUUUGACUGCCGCUCUCGACCACGUAACGUGCCAGUGAUUACUGGUAGCAAAGAUUUACAGAAUGUCAACAUCACACUGCGAAUCCUCUUCCGGCCUGUUGCCAGCCAGCUGCCUCGAAUCUACACCAGCAUUGGGGAGGACUAUGAUGAGCGUGUGCUGCCGUCCAUCACGACAGAGAUCCUCAAGUCCGUGGUGGCUCGCUUUGAUGCUGGAGAACUAAUCACCCAGAGAGAGCUGGUCUCCAGACAGGUGAGCGAUGACCUCACAGAGCGAGCGGCCACCUUUGGGCUCAUCCUGGAUGAUGUAUCCUUGACGCAUCUGACCUUCGGGAAGGAGUUCACAGAAGCAGUAGAAGCCAAACAGGUGGCUCAGCAGGAAGCAGAGAGGGCCAGAUUUGUGGUGGAAAAGGCCGAGCAGCAGAAGAAGGCUGCCAUCAUUUCCGCCGAGGGUGACUCCAAGGCCGCAGAGCUGAUCGCCAACUCACUGGCCACUGCGGGCGAUGGCCUGAUUGAGCUGCGCAAGCUGGAGGCAGCAGAGGACAUUGCCUACCAGCUCUCCCGCUCUCGGAACAUCACCUACCUGCCUCAGGGGCAGUCAGUGCUGCUGCAGCUGCCCCAGUGAG